CCCAUUUGGACGGCUUCAACUGAUGCCGGGUAGCACGCGUCGCAAGGCGGCUACUCCACCUCCGCGAAGCACGCCGACACGGUGACAGAUGCCAAUAAAGCAAUAACUCUUCAGUCUUCAGCCUCUCGUCCAUCUAUAAAUCAAAUCCACGGUCCUCCAGAGGAAUAACGACAGAAUAGAAGGAGCACAGUAUAUGGUAUCAUGGCGCAGCUGCUGGACAAGGCGAAAGAAUUCGUAGCUGGCAAGAUCGCCCAGGUCAAGAAGCCGGAGGCCAGCCUCACCGACGUCUCCAUCAAGCACCUCAACAGCGACUCGGCCACCUUCGUUGGCCAGCUCGCCGUGGACAACCCCUACGGCCACGCCAUCCCCAUCUGCGAGAUCUCUUACUCUCUUAAAAGCGCCGGGAGGGAGAUAGCGUCGGGGACGAUGCCGGACCCGGGGUCGAUCGCGGCGAAGGAGACGACCAAGUUGGACAUCCCGCUCAAAGUGCCGUAUGACUUCUUGAUGAGCAUUAUGAAGGAUGUUGGGAGGGACUGGGACAUGGACUAUGAGAUGCGGAUGGGACUCACCGUGGAUCUCCCCAUCGUUGGCAACUUGACGCUGCCGGUGUCCAAGAAGGGAGAGAUGAAGCUCCCUACCCUCUCUGAUGUAUUCUAGUUUUCCUUUCGUGUUUUUCAACCCACAUGUGCUGGGUGCAACGAAUAAAUAGUAUUAUGUUUUCGUUUCGUGGAUCGUUAGUGCACGAAACAGCAGCUUUUUGGAAAGAAAA